AAAACUUUCCGUUGGCAACACUGAUUUAUGCCAGCGGUUGGCAACAGUGUGAGUCAGUUUCUCUUCGCGGCCCUUCCAAGCUUUUUUUAUUUAUCCAUUCAAUUUUGUAGUAGGCUUGGGUAGCAUUUUGACAAUCCCCCUAUUCCUGUUUAAGCGUCCCGCUUAAUAUUCUCCUAAUUUUCUCCGGAAAAUUAGACGAAAAUCCUAUUAAUAAAAGUUUUCGCGUCUGCCAAGUGUUGAGAUUUUUGGUGAAAAUGAAGCGCAAAGGUUCCAAAAGGAGUAGCAAAUUAGAGGACGACAAUGUCCAAACCGAAGACGAGCCUCAAGAGAAAAGAGGCAGGAAAAAAUCCAGAGCUUCCGAGCCCCAUCAUUCAGAUGAUGAAAGUCUGAGCCCUAGUACAAGUAAUGGAAGCCCGGACAAAAAAGGUCGCAGAUCCGGACGACAAUCCUUGCCCAAAAAAACUCACGACGAAGAUGAAGCUCAGUCUUCGGAUGAUGAAGUGCUUGCCACCAAAGUUAGUCCAAAUGGUGAUGCUUCAGAGAAGAAGAAAAAGGAAAAAAAGAAAAAAUCAAAAGGCAAACCAUCUAAGAAGAAACAAGCCGAAGUAACUGAGGAGUCUGGGGAGUCUUCAGAUGAUGAUGAAGUGCUUGCCACCAAAGUGAGCCAAAAUGGUGAUACUCCAGACAAGAAGAAAAGUAAAGUCAAAAAAUCAAAAAGCAAACCUACUAAAGGGAAACAAGCCAAAGAGGCUGAAGAUGAGGAGUCCACUGCAGAAAAGGAUCCUCUCGCCGACGAUGACGAGGAAGGAGGGGACGAUUCAGAGUAUGAGGUCGAGAAAAUAAUCGAUAAAAAAAUCACAAAAGGUGUCACAUCUUAUCUAAUAAGAUGGAAAGGAUACGGACCAGACAGCGACACCUGGGAACCUGAAAAUACUCUCGAUUGUGCAGAAUUGAUCGAGGACUUCAAAAAGAAACAAAAAUCGAAAUCGAAAAAGGACGAUAAAGCUGGUAAAAAGAAAAAACCCUCCAAAAAAGAUGAUGAACCAGAAGAGUCCUGGGAUGAAAACGAAGAUUUCGAGGUUGAUCGAAUUCUUGAUGUUUACUUUCACAAAAAUGGCAAAAAGGAUUUUUUGGUUUCAUGGAAAGGGUAUGGUUCUUCGGCAAACUCUUGGGAACCUGAAGACAACAUGGACUGCAAAGACUUAAUCGCGAAAUACAUGGAAAAAGUAGAUAAAGCGAGACAAUUUGAGAGCAAGGAAACAAGACUAAGAGAAAAUCCUAAAAAGGUUGCUAGACUGACUAUUGAAAUGCACAGUUCGGAGAGGAAAUUGAGUAGAAGACACCGAGGACAAGGUGGAAGGAGACACUACUUUGAUGCUGAAUAGUUAUAAAACUAUUACCACUGCCCCCUUAUUUUGUUUUGUAAUUUUAAUUUUCAGUUUACCACAAUUAUUCAUCAGCUAAACCAUUUUAAUUGCAAGCCUUUGGAAACGUUUUUACAAUAUUAUUGUAACUUCUUAUUCAGAAUCUCAAUUCAUAAAAAAAUCUUCUACAAGGAGAAAAGUUUAUUAUUACAAAUCCUAAUACUAACACCAUAAUAUAAUCUGAUAAUUUGGUAUUUUUUAAAAAAUUGUUAUCAAUAGGUAUAAAAUGUAACUAAGUGAAAGAUUAUUGAAAUGUAUGAGUUUUGUAGGAAAUUCGUUGUAAACAUUUUGAGCUGAGUCAUUAGUUUUUCUUAAAAUGGUUUGGCAAGAUUAAAUGUGGUUUUGUGUGCGUUUUUGGGGCUUGCAGUCUUGAUUAUUAGGAUAUUUGAGCCUAGGGAACAAAAUCCUGGGAUCUCGUAAUUCAGAAGAAUAAAAUAAAAUAAUUUUCUCUUAUACUGGUUUAUUUUUAAUUCCAGGAUUGCAAACCCUAGCAGCGUUUUUAGAAUUAGGCAUGUUUUCCAACAAAGAAAGGCCAUACAAAUGGCAUAAUUGUUUCACAAUUUAUUUUUUGCUCAAGGCAUGUUUAUUAUGUACCUAAGUUUGUAACUAAAUUUGUUGAAAGAUUUGGUAGUUAAAAUUCUUGAUUUUUUGU